AUGAGUAAUGAUGGUGGUAAUGAUAAUGGAUUAUUUGCUUCUAUCAAGUCAUUUUUCAAUCAUAAAAAUUCUAUCAUCAUAUUAGGUGCCGCAUGUGGAACGUUUUUUUUAUCAACGUUAUUACUGAUCAUUAUCCUUGUUCGACUGAUAAAAGGAAAAAAACUGUACAAAUCACAAGCUGCAGGCAAACAUCAUCAAGAUGAUUUUAAAUUGAAUUCUUUAGUUGGCUCAACACAUGGUGUUGCCACCGAUGAUUUGAAAACGUACCGUUAUCAAAAACCUUCUAAUAUGGGAAUAACGUCUAAUCAAAUAGGAACUGCAAAUAAUAUGUCUACGACAGCAGCGUCAAUCAUUCAAGAAACAUCCUUGAAAAAAGUUCAAACAACAUCACCAUUAUUCCCAUUGAUUCCACCUGCACCACCUCUACCCCCACAUGAAGGCGCAUCAUUUAACAAUUUUGAAGAUGAAUUGCGACGAACAUGGAGAGAAAAAGGCAUUUUGCAACAACAGCAAGCACAACACCAGCAAAAUAGUAAUUUUUUAUUUAAUCGAUUAAAUCAUGAAUCAAACGUGGCACCAUCAUCAAUAACAACGAUGCCACAUACUGAACAAGAGCCGCCUACUAGUGUCGGAAAUGAUCAAGAAGAAGUCGAAACCGUAAAUGAAGUAUUAGGAAUGGAAGAACGAGGUGGAAAAAUCUAUUACAAAGUAAAUUUUACUGGACAUCCAUCUGAUUAUACAGCUUGGGUUUGUGAAGAAGAUUUAAUACCAGAAUAA